AUGCCAUGUGUUUCGACGCAGCCCGACUCCGUUGCUGCCCCGCAAGCAACAAUGGAGAUCGAUCCGCGCCUUCACGCCGGCCGCGACAGGGACGCUCACACUCAGAGUCCCGGCCACGCAGCCGUCGGUGGUAGCACAAAUCCCGGCACCGGCACCGGCACCAGCACAAGCUCGAACACGAACACGAACACGCACCCACGCACACAGAAUGCCCUCCCCUACACCCCCGUCGCCGGACAGCUAAACACCACCACAGGCCCACCAUCCCAACCCCCCACCGGCGAAUAUCCCGACCCCCCACCGUCCUCACACUUCUCCCCUAGCGAGCAACUCCACUCCGCCUCCUCCGCCCCCAGCAGCGGCCGCUACUACCCCUCGCCCGCGGCGUACGCCAGCGACGCGCCGCGCGGCGGCGAGGCGGCGUCAAACCCCCACGACCCCAACGAUCCCUUCGCGGACCAGAAGCGGCCGCGCGCCUGUGAAGCCUGCAGACAGCUCAAGGUGCGCUGCGAGCCAGACGCGCGAAACCCCGCAGGGACGUGCAAGCGGUGCGCGAAGGCCGGCCGCCAGUGUGUCGUGACGGCACCGACACGCAAGCGCCAGAAGAAGACGGAUAGUCGCGUCGCGGAGCUGGAGAGGAAGAUCGAUGCCUUGACCGCGAGUCUACAGGCGUCGCAGGGCCACGAACUGUUGUUGCAGGGGGCGCCGCCGCCGCCGCCGCAACAGCAGCAGCGAGAUGUGCAUGAGCAGCCUGGGAGACGGUGGCUGGGUGGGGCGCAGAAUGGGUCGGGUGGGAUGCCGCCCUCGGGGCCCGCUGGUAAUUUGGCGGGGAAUAAACGGUGCUCGAGUGGUGAGGUGAAGGAGUCAAGAGAAGGUGGCUCCAUGGGGUCUGGGUAUCCGCGGGCGUCGAGUCCGGCGCGGGAGCCGGCGCGGGAGAAUGGGCCCUCGAAACACUGGCGUGGCCCGUGGUCGAGUCUGCAGCCCGGGUCCAGAUCCGAGGCGAGCUCUGCAGAGGUGGUCGAUGUGAUUGACCGGGGCCUCGUCAGUCUGGCUGUCGCCUCCGAGGCCUUCGAUCGAUACAUCAAUGACAGGGCGCCCCAUAUGCCGUUUGUGGUGUUCCCGCCCGGCACGACGAUGGGCGACGUGCGGAAGUCGAAACCGACGUUGCUCCAUGCUAUUAUUGCCUCUUCCGUCGGGCCUGUCCAGCCCGAUGCCCAUCUCAUGCUGCUCGACGAUCUGUACAGAGUGCUUGCGGAGCGAGUCAUUGUCAAGGGUGAAAAGUCCCUCGAGCUCGUGCAGGCCUUGGUCGUCGCGUGCCACUGGUACACGCCCCCGGACCAUUUCGAGGAGCUGAAGUUCUAUCAUUUGACUCACAUGGCCGUCACGCUGGCCAUGGAUCUGGGCAUGAACCGGAAGAUGCUGACUCGAAACAAACCGUUCCCGAUAUACAAAGAACUUGUCCGUAAGAGCUCGUUUAUGCUGGACCCCGACUCUCCCGAGACGCGCCGGACGUGGCUCGGGUGUUAUUUUAUGGCUGUGCAAGUGGCUUUAUCCUUGAGACGCGUGCUCCUGGUGCGAUGGCAGCCGUACAUGGACGAGUGCCUAGAGAUCCUGGAGAAGUCGCCUGCUGCCCUGCCGUCGGAUAAAGCGGUGAUUCAAUGGGCGAAACUGGCCCACUUGACCGAGGACAUCAACUUUCAAUUUUCGACCGAAGAAGCCGUCCCGAGCAUGCCCUUCGAUGAUCCCAAGGUGCAAUACACGCUGAAGGUAUUCGAAAAGCAGCUGGAACAAUGGAAGAGGGAGGUGUUGCCGGAGAUUUACAGCUCGAUCAUGCAGCAAGCCGAGCAUAUUGUCAACAUCUACAUGUACGAGAACGCCAUGCUUAUCGACAGCGUCGAUGACCAAAGGAAGGCCGGCGAGGAAUACCCAGGGACCAUCAGCGCGGCGCAUAUGAGUGCUCUCAGCCAGUGCCUGAGUUCCAUCCAGCAGGCGCUGGACGCGAUCUGCUCCAACGACAUCAAAGACUUGAUCUCGUGGCCCACUGUCUGCCUGGCGCGGGCCUCGUUUGCGGCAGUUUCGUUGAUCAAGCUCUAUUCCCUUGUCACGUUUCCCGGGAGCCAGAUCGGACAGGUCAUCGAUCCGGCCAGCUUGAAGGUCGAAUACUACCUCAACAAAGUCAUCGAGCACUACUCUGCUGCGGGAGAGCUGCCUGGCGGUCGAACGCCAGGCAGGUUCUCCAUGGUGCUUGCCAUGCUGCGGAGCUGGUUUGUCAAGCGCAAAGACCACAACCAAGUGUUGAGGGAGGCCUUCGGGGCCGGACCUGUGUCUUGUUCAUCGUUCAACCUCGGCGCGUCGGAGGCGGACAAAGCUCAAUUGGGCCAAACCCGCCUCCACCUCCUCAGCGAAGUUGCCAUGAAAGACCCCAACAACCGCCCCACCACAUCCAACCCCCCUCACCACCGACCCAGCUACGCCUCCCAUUCCUCCACCGACCCCAUCACCCACUCGCCGUCCCCCAACCUCCCUUCCACCUCCCAGCCCAUUUCCUCGAGCAGAGCCAACGACUCGGACCCCUGGAGCCCCUACUCAUCCUCCACACCAACCCAGCCGCAGAACGUAUCUGCCCCCGCUCCCGCUCCCGCUCCCGCCCCCAACCGCCAAUUCUACCCGCCCUUCACGAACUACCAAGACAUGCCCCCCUACUCCGACAGCGCGAGCUUGAUCAUGCCGCCCAUGAACCAGGGCUUCUUCAUCCCCGAGCUGGGGAUGCAGGUAGGGUUUGACACAGGGAACAUGUUUGCGCUGGAGCAGUUGCUGGGCGAGGGGCUGUUGAAUCUCCCCCUGCCGGCUGAGGCGGGCGGGACGGGGUAUUAUUGA